AGGAAUACUGUCAAAUCACCGACAGACGUCAAGAAAUGAAAAUAAAAACAUCAAAACAUUUCUGGACGAAGUUUUCUUAAAAUUCAUGUAUUUCAGUGUGUUGCAUUGAGUGGUCAGUUUGCGGAAUGGUCGGUCGGAGCAUAAAUGCAAUGGUCGACAACUGUAACGGUACAUCUAUGGAUGCUUUGCCCGACGAAGUGAUAGAAUUCAUUCUAUCCUUCGUUUCGACGUACAAAGACCUACAUAAUUGCAUGGCAGUCUCCGAACGAUGGAAACGAUGUGCAGAGAACGUUAGGCAAGUGAAGAACCGUAAGUUCCACAAAUCCAUCGCAGAUAUGGAUAUGAACUGGACGCGAGUCUCUGUUGCGCCGAACACAGCUGGCAUCACAAGAAGAUUCUCGCAUUCAGCAGUAGUGUGUGAUGAUCUGAUGUACAUUUUCGGUGGCUGCACCAGUUCAAUGACUACAUUCAACGAUCUAUGGAAACUGGAUUUGAACACCAGGAUGUGGAUCAGGCCUAUUACCACUGGCGCCUAUCCAUCUCCUAAGGCAUGCAGUACUCUGGUGCAAUACAAGGAAAUGUUGAUACUAUUCGGAGGAUGGACGUACCCACCAUCGUAUCCGCUGCACCAAAGCUGGCAUCUUUACGACGAACUGCACGUUUACGACAAGAGCAAAAAUCAAUGGACUUGCAUAAAUACGAUGCUCACGCCGCCACCGAUGGCCGGUCAUUCCGCCUCUGUAGUAGGCGACUGGAUGAUAGUUUUUGGAGGGUUGCAAAGGCAACAAGGCGAGGUGCAUUGUGAAAAAUCUAACGUGGUUUGGAAGCUGAACUUGGUCACAUGGACUUGGACGCAACAACUGUUCGAAGGAGGACAAAGACCGAAAGGCCGAUUCGGCGCCACUCAAGUGGUGUUGGAUGAGAAGAAUUUGCUGAUAUUGGGAGGCUCUGCCGGUCCGAACAUUCAAUUUCACGACUGCUGGAUAUUGAACAUGGAAGGCGACGCAUGGAAAUGGAUCAGAGUUUCUCUUCUCGACAGAGACAACGAGGCGCAGAACAUCUGGAGCAAUCCAGGAUGUUUGGUUGGCGAUAAACUGGUCGUUUUGAAUAAGCGUCGCAACAGUAAGGAAGCACACAGCGUCGUUUAUUACCCGAGAAGUCAGUGGUUGACUGCGCUCCCAGAACAUCCUAGAUUUUCCCGAAUCGACUUAGCCAACCGACCAAACGAUGUAGAUGACAACGUUAAUGGACGAAGAGGAAGCUUACUAAAUCGCCAUCAGGAAAAGUGUUCGCAGGCUACUCAACAGCGCAACAUUCAGCACACAGUCGAGUUGAGCCCGAUGGCAAAAAAGCGCCUGAUUGCAAUGCCGAAGUCCAACGAAUUAUCAAUGACUGUAUGCGUUCUGGACAUCGCUCAAGUACUAACAGCGGGCACAGCCAAAUGGCUGAUGCCGAAAACGCUCUCGUCCAAUGGGCCCGAGGAAACAAUCCUCUACUCACUAGUACAAGGCCAAUCGGAACUGAUCAUGUUCGGGGGCAUUUUGAAGGACUGCAAGACUUUGUUCCCUUGCGAUUUGUCCAACCAAAUAUCAAAUUGUCUGCAGUUUAUUACUGCACAUGAUUAUGUGAUAUAGUGCUAUAUUAUUGCUCAUGAUUAUGUGAUACAGCAUAGUUGCCAGUAUACUGAACUGGUACUACUGUAGUGCGGCAACUACUCGCUACUUGUACGGAAUAUUUGCGAAAUCGGCAACGCGGUCAACAAGCCUUUGCAAGUACAACUAAAUAAUAAGGUUCUUAGAAUACGACGAUCUAAUUUCCAUUUGUUUAUAAUUUUUCAAUAUAUCCCUAAUAAUUG